UAAGUAGAAUGUCUUCUUCCAUCAGGAGGCCCCUAUGCCAGCUGUCUCUCUUUUCAAGAUCCAACCCACUCAUCAGAGGCUGCAAAACUGGACCUGCAGCAGCUGGGAGAGGAGCUGUCCAGGAGGUCGGCCUGGGACUGAGCAUGGGCCUGCGGCUGGCAGAGAGCAGGGUCCAGGCAGCCCUGGAGAAGCAAGCCCUGCUGCAGGCCCAGCUGCAGGAGCAGCUGCAGGACAAGGUGCUCUGCGAGAAGGACCUGGCCCAGCAGCAGAUGCAAAGCAACCUGGACAAGCCUGACCUCAGUGCCAGGUGGUUACCUGGUGGAUGCCGCACAAGGCAGGCAUCCCUGCAGAAGAGUGACAGAGCUGGCCCUGGCAGUGGAGCGUCUUCACAAGCAGAAUCUGGAGAAGGAUCAGGUCAACAAGGACGUCGACGAAAAGUUUGAGGCCCUG